AUGAAGUUAUCAACAAUUUUCACACCAGCAUUAUUGCUUUCAGGUGUAAUGGCCUCACCAAUUGCAUCUUCAGAUUCUAAUAAUAAUGAUACAUCUACAAUUGAUACUCAAGGUUUCAAAACUCCUUACCUUUGCUAUGGCGCAGGUCAAAAUCCUUACUGUCGUGAUGGAAGUUAUAGAAAAUGUACUGAAUUUUUUAGGGAUCAUACUGAUUAUGAUAGUAUUUAUGGUGGUAAAUUCUGUGGGUUUUGGUGUAAUGAAAUCAAAAAUUCCAAUGAUUGUAAGAAUUUAAAGAAAUUAUAUGAUUUCCAUCCAAAGUUUGCUUGUGAUAAUGCACAAUACUGUUAA